AUGACUGACACUCCUCUACUGAAUGUUCCCUCCUCAAACCAGAGCGAAAACAAGAGCAACUCAACUAUUUGCCCGGACUUGAAUGACUGGUGGGAAAUCGUGUACUAUAUAGUACCUAAGUAUAUAGACACCAUCUGCAUUAUCGGAAUGCUUGGAAAUCUAUUUGUUCUCCUCACAUAUUCGCUGCACAAGGGCCCCCUGAAGAUAGCUGAAAUCUACCUUAUGAACCUGGCUGUUGCUGAUCUUAUCUUCCUCACGUGCCUGCCUUUCUGGGCAGAGAACAUCAGGAAUAAAUUUAACUGGCCGUUUGGCAAUUUCCUGUGUCGCAGCACCAGCGCAUCCAUUGGCCUAAACACGUACACCAGCAUCUACCUGCUGGUGGCAGUCAGCGUGGAUCGCUACUUGACUUUUGUCCAUACCUUGAACCACAGAGGGAUACGGAGCAAAACUAUGGCCAAAGGGAUCUGCUUGCUCGCCUGGUUCUUCGGCAUCCUUCUCAGCGUCCCAACCUUUACCUUUCGGACCGUGAAACACUUUCCCCUGUGGAAUAUUUCAGCGUGCACUUUAGACUUCCCCAGCCCAUCGUGGGUACCAGCUGAAAGGCUGGUGUUCAACAUAGUGGGGUUUGCGUUGCCAUCGACAGCAAUCGUCUUCCUUAAUUUCUCUACCAUUCGCUCCCUACAAAAAAAUACAAGAGAGCGAAGAGCGCUCCGAACAAAGAGCUGCAAGGAGCACAAAGGCACAAAGGCUACCAGGUUGAUCUUCGCAGUGGUGCUGAUGUUUCUUUUGUGCUGGACUCCUUACCAUUUUUUUGUAUUCCUUGAUAUAUUAUACCAGAGAGAAGUGAUUAAAGGCUGCUUCUGGGAGGAACUGCUCAACUUUGGUGAGCAGUUUGGUUACACUCUGGCUACCACCAACAGUUGCAUUAACCCUGUGAUUUAUGUCAUUGUUGGGAAAUACUUCAGGCAAAAGGCUUUAGAAGUUUUUUUGCAGUUUAUCCCCUGCGGAUGUCCUUUGAGCUGUGUAUCGUUCAAAGAAAAGUCUUCAUAUUUCAACAUGUUUCCAGUCAGGAGUAGUUUAACCUAA